CGGUGGGCGAGACUAAGAGAGACCCGGGGCAAUGGUACUUCCGGGGUAGAAUGACCCGGAAGCGGAAGCGGGGAGGCUUGAUUGGGUGUCGGUGCAGAGUGCCGCCAGUCUCUGGGCUCCGCCGCGCGGGGAUUGAGAUACGGGACAGGGUUGGCCCCUCCCUCGGGCUCGGUAUCUUCCGUGUGUGCGGGGAGCGGUCUGGGGGCUCCCCCUGGGGCGGAUACUCCCCGCGUGGGCGGGGCUGCCCCCGGCCCCCUGUGGGAUGUGUGCGCGCGGGGGGGUCCCCGUUUCCAUGUGGCCGGGCCCCUGCGCUGGCUGCGGGGCGCGUCUCUCUGCUCCCUCCAGCGCCGCCAUGCAGGCCCCCGAGCCCUGGUUUCGCCAGCGCGUCUAGUAACGCUGGUAGUUUGUUCGCAGAAACAGCCCUGGAAGGAGGAGAAAUGCAAGAGGAGGGAGAGUGGAUGGAAGAAUCUCAUUUCAACUCCUCCCCGUACUUCUGGCCAGCAGCGCCCACGGUCUCGGGACAGAUCGAGAAUACCAUGUUCAUUAACAAGAUGAAGGAGCAGCUAUUGCCCCCAGAAAAGGGCUGCAGCCUGGCUCCCCCCCACUACCCCACCCUGCUGACGGUACCCACCUCUGUGGCCCUACCCACGGGCAUCUCCAUGGAUUCAGACACCAAGUCGGAGCAGCUGACCCCACACAGCCAAGCCCCCGUGACCCAGAACAUCACCGUGGUCCCAGUGCAGUCUGCCGGGCUCAUGACAGCAGGUCCUGGCCUGGUGAUCACCUCCCACUCGGGUUCCCUGGUGACCACAGCGUCCUCUGCCCAAACCUUCCCCAUCUCAGCCCCAAUGAUUGUCUCUGCGCUACCCCCUGGCUCCCAGGCUGCCCUCCAGGUGGUGCCUGACCUGUCAAAGAAGGUGAUAACCUCUCUCUCUGAAGGUGGGGGUGGGGGAGUUGCCCCUAAACCUCCCCGGGGCCGGAAGAAGAAGCGACUGCAGGAGUCGGGGCUGCCAGAGAUGAGCGAUCCCUUUGUGCUGUCAAACGAGGAUGAUGAGGACCAGCACAAGGAUGGCAAGACGUACAGGUGCCGGAUGUGUUCGCUGACGUUCUAUUCCAAGUCGGAGAUGCAGAUCCACUCCAAGUCUCAUACGGAGACAAAGCCACACAAGUGUCCUCACUGCUCCAAGAGCUUCGCCAACAGCUCCUACCUGGCCCAGCACAUUCGCAUCCACUCAGGGGCCAAGCCCUACACGUGCAGCUACUGCCAGAAGGCCUUCCGCCAGCUCUCCCACCUGCAGCAGCACACACGGAUCCACUCCAAGCUUCACACAGCGAUUGUCAAGCCGCACAAGUGUCCUCACUGCUCCAAGAGCUUCGCCAACACGUCCUACCUGGCCCAGCACCUCCGCAUCCACUCGGGGGCCAAGCCCUACAGCUGCCGCUACUGCCAGAAGGCCUUCCGCCAGCUCUCCCACCUGCAGCAGCACACACGUAUCCACACUGGGGACCGACCCUACAAAUGUGCCCACCCAGGCUGUGAAAAGGCUUUCACCCAGCUCUCCAACCUGCAGUCCCACAGGCGACAGCACAACAAAGACAAACCGUUCAAGUGCCACAAUUGCCACCGCGCAUACACAGAUGCUGCCUCGCUGGAAGUUCACCUGGCUACGCACACAGUGAAGCAUGCCAAGGUCUAUACCUGCUCCAUCUGCAGCCGGGCCUACACCUCAGAGACGUACCUGAUGAAGCACAUGCGGAAACACAACAUCCCUGACCCACAGCAGCAAGUGGCGCAGGCCCAAGUUCAGGCCUCCCAGCAGCAGCACUUCCAGCCGCAGGGUGGUGGGGCAGUGGGGGGCCCUUCUGGAGACACUAACCCCCCCAACCCUCCAUCCCAUUGCUCCUUUGACCUGACCCCUUACAAGACUUCAGAGCACCACAAGAACAUCUGCCUCACUGUCAGCACCAGCACCAUCCAGGUGGAGCAUCUCUCCAGCUCCUAAGAGAGACUUUGACCCAGGGAGCAAAAAACCUCUCGUGCAUAGCCUGUGCCCAAGGGCAAUGGCCUCUCCUUGUGCAACAGCCUCUGGCCUCUCCUUGUGCAACAGCCUCUCCUGGCAGUGUACCCUGUUAAUGGCAGCCCCUGGAGUGUCUCCACAGGCAUCUUAUGCAACUGCCUGCUCCAAAGAGGGGAUACUCUCACCUGCAAGAGCCCCUUUCCAGUGCUGGGAGCCAUCUUCUCACACACAAGCCCCUGAGUUCACACUCAAAAGAAAGGCCUAAUUUUUGCCUCUGUAUAAUUUUAAAAUGUGGCUUGAAAGCAGGUGGAGGGGGCACAUUCUGGGCCACAUGUGGUGGGAUGGGAUGGAAAGAGGCUGUUUGUGUGCAGAGGGACUUGGAUGCAUGCUGGCAGCAGGGCAUGGAAGGUUCUGACAUGGUUCACAGUGAGGGGUUUUUUAGGAUUUCCUUAUGUGGCUAAAGGAAAACAUUCAUUCCCCUCUCCUACUUGUGAAAGUGAGAAGGGGUGACUUCUACAGCUCCAGGCUAGGAUAAUUCCCCAGGGUGAAAGGGAGAACUCUUGGGGAAGGGGAGGUGAGGCGUAUUCCCUGGGCUAGACAUUGCCUAAGCUAUUGGAGGAUGUGGGAGGGCUGCAAUUUCUCUUGUCCGCCUCUGGAGAACACAGGCAGGGUCUGUGUGUGGUCCAGCUGCCCUGUCUGCCACCCAACUGUAGGAGAGAGACACCCCCCUCCCUCCAAGAUCCAAGAGAGUGGGUUCCAGGUCACUGCUGGGCCUGCCCUUUGUGGAUAAUGCAAUAGUAGCUUAGUCUCCAUAUCCCCCAAAAAGAGUCUGCAGGCAGCAUCAGGAAACCAAAAAAGCAGUGAGAGGCUAAGAGACUGCCACCAUGCUUAUUGCCCACCCUUCCCAUGUCCCCUUCCCAGGAAGGAGAGGCAGGGGUUCUGACCCUCACCCGUCCUCCCCUCAGUUUCAGCAGUCUUCUGGUUCCCAAAGCAGGAGGCGGAACAGACCAGCUUCUUCAAGGAGCCAGCAGGAGGCAGGAAAAAGCUAAUUCCUCCUGCUUGUGUCUCACCGUGGGCAUUCUUCCAGGCUCCCUCUUGCUGGACUCACGUGGUAAUUGUGGCCUCUUUUAGAACCAGGACCAGAUGGAUUCCCUAGACGGUGGACAACUGAGGGAAGGGAACAGACACCCCCACAAGGAGAGACCAAACCAAUGAGAAGGGGGAGCCGCCAAGAAUAAACUGAAAGCCCCUUGAAUUUAUUAAAAAAAAAAUCUAUUUCCUACCCCUGCCCCGCUCUGUUCUUGCUGUAACUGUUUCUAUCCCUGUGUUUAUAAAAUGCAUUAUCCAGGCAAAUUUUUAUUUUCAAUCUUUGUGGUGUCCCCCCCUUCUCUUUCUGUCUUUUGAGGUUUUUUUUUUUUUUCAACACCCCCUUUUUUGGUCCAUAUGGUUUCUGGAUUAUCAUGUAACUAUCUAUCUGGCUUUUAAUUGGAUCAUGAAGGCUGGCUCAGGAGAAAGAGAACAAGGAAGCAGGGGAAAAAUUAUUUAUUGAGAUUAAACCCCAAGAUCCCAAGCUUCUGUAUAAAUUACUGGGGGAGGUUGGGUGUUUUACAACAAUGUAUAGAAAGAAAUUGGUGUAAAAGGCUUAAUGGGUCAUGGAGGUGCUGGUGUGAGCAUGAGCAUCUUUCUGGCUCUACGCUCAAGAUAAGCGGGCGAGAAUUGUGUGUUCCUUCAUGUAUGCACCAGCACAUCUAUGUGAGCAGCUGUAUAAAUGUGCAUCUCUGCCUUUGAGUGUGAACAGUUCUGACAGAGAGGAACAUACUCCUCCCUCUGUGUACUGGGCAUGAGUGGGCUGGAGUUGUGAGCGUUAUGUCCUUAUGCUCCUAUGCAUGCAUUGCUGCAAAUGGCUGUGGGAUUGUACCUGCAAAUGGCUGUGGGAUUGUACCAUCAAAUUUUAGGUCGGAAGGAACCAUUAGGUCAUCUAGUCUGAUCUGUAUAUUGCAGACCAUUAAAUUUUACCCAAUUA